GUGUGUGGAAUUACACAGGGCAAAAUACGAAUGUCGAAAUCCAUAGAAUUACGAAUACAGGGUAGACAAAAAUGACUCAGAGUUUUAUUCAUUUGCACAUGUAGUUACAUCGGAUUGUGUUUCCUCCGGAUUUACGAAACAACGGUUGGGAAUAUCUGAACGGCGGUGAGGAGGGGAUCGAGUUGCGCGCUAUGAGGACCCCGUCCCUAUAUUGGUUUGUUAGAUUGAAAUGAAGAAACAGAACGUUAGGACUUUGUCUCUGAUCGUCUGCACUUUUACGUACCUACUUGUUGGCGCGGCAGUCUUCGAUGCACUGGAAUCGGAAUUCGAAGGAGAACAAAAGCAACGGCUUUUAAAAGAGGAGAAAACCAUUGUUAGCAGAUAUAAUAUAUCUGAAGAGGACUUUGAAAUUCUCCGGCGGAACAUGAUCAAAGCGAUGCCGUACAAAGCCGGGACGCAGUGGAAAUUUUCUGGGGCGUUUUACUUCGCUACCACGGUGAUUACAACGAUCGGUUACGGUCACAGCACCCCGCAGACGAUCGGAGGGAAGGUCUUCUGUAUGUUUUACGCGCUUGCUGGAAUUCCACUGGGUAUCGUGAUGUUCCAAAGCGUUGGUGAAAGGCUUAACACUUUCGUGACGUUUUUCUUAAAACAGGUUAAAAAAUGUUUUAAAAUGAGAAACAGCGAGGUAUCCCAGAGCAACUUGAUUUUGAUUGCCAUGAACCUUUCUACGCUUGUGCUAACAGCAGGAGCAGCGGCAUUUUCACAUUAUGAAGGGUGGUCGUAUACGGACUCCCUAUAUUACUGCUUUAUAACACUGACUACAAUUGGGUUUGGUGACUUUGUGGCCCUCCAAAGAAAUAAUGCAUUGCAGGAAAAGCCCGAGUAUGUGGCGUUUAGUUUGAUAUUUAUCCUGUUCGGCUUGACUGUGAUAUCUGCCGCCAUGAACCUGCUCGUCCUGCGCUUUUUGACAAUGAACACAGAGGAUGAAAGACGAGACGAAAUCGAGGCUACUGCGGCUGCGCAGGGAGCCGUGCGUCUCGAGGGUGACGUCAUCACGGCCAAUGGUAGCAUCGCAGUUGUGUCCGGAGCGCAGGAAAAUCCGGAAUUCAGCGACUUGACAUCCGUUUGUUCUUGUUCCUGUUACAAUUUGCGGUCUUCCAAAGAGCGAAAAAGAUACAAGGUGACUAGAUCGCCGGGAAAAAUAUCUCAUUUGUUGCCCAUGAAUAGCAUAACGUCCGCGGGGAAAGAAGAGAUGUACAGCAACACCGAAGACACGAACUCUUAUAUACAGUAUCAAAUAUUGAGUAAAAAAAGAGCAUCUAUAUAAAUUAAUUUAAAUCCUUAUAAUCAUGUUUCCGAGUGUGGUAAGAGGACAGG